CUUGUAUCGAUGGUGAAUGUGCAUUGGAAAGCGAUGAUUGUUACGAAGAUCAAUGCUAUGAAAUUGUUGGAGAUUGUGAUGGAGAGAAAAAAUGUGAACAUGACGAUUCCAAAUGUGUUGAUACGGUAAAGAAGACGAAUAUUUGCAUCUGGUUGAAAACACCAGAAGCAAAUAUUGUCACCAUACCACCCAUCACAACAUCUGAUGUCACCUUACUACCCGUUACAACAUCUGAUGUCACCAUACCACCCAUCACAACAUCUGAUGUCACCUUACUACCCGUUACAACAUCUGAUGUCACCAUACCACCCGUCACAACAUCUGAUGUCACCAUACCACCCGUCACAAUACCUGAUGUCACCUUACUACCCGUCACAACACCUGAUGUCACCACGCCAACUAUCACAACACGUGAUGUCACCGUAUUACCCGUUACAACAUCUGGUACUACAAUACCAUCACCAGAAAAUGAUUGUCAAGAUAAGGCAGCAUCUGACAAACCAUCCGAUUGUCCAUUAUAUUCUCACCUUUGUAAUAAUUCAAUUUAUGGUGACCUUAUGAAGGAUCAAUGUCGCAAAACAUGUGGUUUUUGUGAUUCGAAAGUAUCAACAACGACAGCACCAAUUUGUGAAGAUAAGAAGGGAGCUGAUGGGAAAUCAAAUUGCCAAGAUGUAAAAUAUCUUUGUCAUGUACCAUUAUAUAUCUCAUUAAUUUCUAUUCAAUGUCCUCAUACAUGUGGUUUAUGUUAA